AUGAAGUUUCUGGUCGUAAUAGUUACGCUCUGCGUUGCACAUGGCAUCCACGGUCAAGGGUUAAUUGGAAGCUUAGUGGGUGGAGCCACAAACGUUAUCGGCAACAUUCUUGGAGGAGGGCGCAAUGAUCCUUGUUCACGUAAUGUGAUCGAAGACUACCGAGAAGCACAAAGCCACUUCUUCAAAACCUUAUAUGCAAAGGUAGCAGCUCGAAGUGAUAACCAUUUUGUAUUUUCGCCGAUCACUAUUUGGCUGUCUCUUUCUGCAUUAGCUGAAGGCGCGGAACCUAUAGUACAGAGUCAAGUUCUUACCUCAUUGUCUCUGCCGCAAGAAAAAUGCAUUCGGAAUAAAUUCUAUGAAAUUGCCUUGCGUGUUGAAGAAUCUGGACGAGAUGUCAGCUUCGAAAGGCGGCGAUGUCUUGUUAUCGACGAAUUUCUAGAAGUUAACCCAACCUGGUCAAAGUAUGUAACAAACUAUGGACUUCUUGCUGUGGUUGCAGCGCCUAUCAAAUCUAGCCCUGAAGCAACUUCUGAGCGUCUAAAGAAGUUCCUAGAGACGCGUUUUGAUAUCAAUUUUAAGGGAAACUCGAUCCUUAUUGAUAGAUUGGAUUAUGAGGGAUUAUGGUCAACUGCUUUUGAUGAUUCCAAUACGUAUAAGGCACCAUUUUACAACGAUUUGGGAGUACAAAUCGGUACAGUUGACAUGAUGAAAGCGAAAAAAUAUGUUCGCGUAGCCCACGUUCCUUUCAUGCAUACUAAGGUCCUGGAAUUGCCUGUUGGAUUCAAGGGUCGGUACACGAUGCUCAUUGUUGUCGGAACUGGAAACAAUAUUUUAAAGAACGCAUUUGAACUGUUCUUGGGAUCAAUAUUCAAGGUGCUUAGUCUAUUGCAAAUGAGUUUAGUUCCGGUGGAGAUCGAGGUACCGAAGUUUACGAUGAGCUCGGAAUUUGACGUUAGGAUUGCGCUUGAGGAGAUGGGAAUCGAUGGGUUCUGGAAUGACCCUGCAGCAACUGGCUACGUCUCUAAACCAGCAGCGUUACCCGGGAACUUCAUCCAACAUACCUCCGUAAAGAUCGACAGUGGUGGCGUGGAUCCGGUUUCUCCUUCCAAGGGUGGGCUUUUGCCAGGACUGGUGGAUCUGGCUGCGAAUACUGCUUCUGACGUCGCAUCUGCGGUUGGGCAUAAUUUCGUAGCAAAUAGACCAUUUAUGUACGCCUUGUUAGAGACAAAAACACAGACGUGCAUAUUUGCGGGUGCUUUUGCAAGGCCUACGGUACGGUAA